AUGCUCGAGGGACACACGACGAGAAACCGCACAGCAUCAAUGUGGGUUGCACUGCCGAUCUUUGCCUGGCACACCAUAGAGUUGCCCGAUCGCCAGGCACAGCACACAGGACCGUCUCGUCGUACCGGGAAAAGGUGGUGCGUCUGGAUUCUCAUGCCCAAGACCCGACUUCAGACGCAAUCAAGAGCAUAUCCUGCUGUUGUGGCCCCGCGUCGAGGUCGCUCUCCCCCGCGACCCCCUGUCGUGCAACCUUGCGGCUGUUUCAAGACGGUUCCUGGCAGCUUGCAUGCCUGUGCCAGCCGGCGCAGCAUGCCUGAAGCAUACUGUACGCGAGACGGCAUGAAGCUGUGUGUAGCUGCGUGCGGUUUGGAACUCUCGUAUCAAUGGCUGGCCCGGCCGAUGGCUUAUGAGCGUCACCUCGGGCCGUGGCAACACAGAGGCGCCGAGAGCACGUCUAGUGAGGCCGCGGUGAAAGCUGUGCUCCAGUGCGGUGAGCCUCUCGACGCCGAAACUGGGCCCCAUCAGUGA